AUGGCCUCCGCCGAACUCUCCAAGAAGCGCAAGCGCGCCGACGACGACGCCGCCGCGGCGAAGAAGUCCAAGUCCGACAAGAAGGACAAGAAGGACAAGAAGGAAAAGAAGGCCAAGGCCGCCGCGUCCGCCGAAGACGAGACCGCCCCCGCGACCGACGAGUUCAUCGCGCUCGACGAGUCCAAGAAGGACAAGAAGGAGCGCAAGCGCAAGGAGAAGGAGGCCCGCAAGGCCGCCGCCGCUGCCGAGGAGCAAGAGGAGGCGGCAGACGUCUCGGCCAUGGACGUCGACCCGCCUGCCGACGGCGAGAAGAAGAAGAAGAAGGACAAGAAGAGCAAAAAGGCCAAGACGGAGGAGACGGCGGAGGAGGCUGCCGCUCCCGUGGAAGAGGGGGUGAAGGAGGAGAAGAAGAGCAAGAAGGACAAGAAGAAGGAGGCCAAGACCAAGGAGGAGGCUAAGCCCGAGACGAACGGCGAGGAAAAGUCCAAGAAGAAGGACAAGAAGAGCAAAAAGACCAAGGAGGAGUCCGCCCCGGCACCGACGCCAGCUGCCGAGGAGCAGGAGGAAGAGCCCGCCGAGGGCGGCAAGAGGGAGAAGUACAUCGUCUUCGUCGGAAACCUGCCCUACACUGCAAACAAGGAAUCCAUCCGCGCGCACUUCUCCGCCUACAACCCCUCCGCCGUCCGCUGCCUCAACAAGGACAACGACCCCAACGUCUGCCGCGGCAUCGCUUUCCUCGAGUUCUCCAACGGCUCCAACAUGCGCACCUGCCUCGACAAGAUGCACCACACCGAGUUCGACGACGGGCUGUCGCCGGCGCGCAGGAUCAACCUCGAGCUUUCGUAUGCACUGCCCUCUACCCCUCCCCCCUCUUCCUCAACGGACCCGUAUGCUAAUCAAGGUCUCUCGUACAGCGCCGGCGGUGGCGGCAAGAGCAAGUUCCGCCGCGAAAAGAUCAAGUCCCGCAACGUGCAGCUCGACGAGAACCGCGUGAAGCGCAUGCAGAAGGAGGAGGAGUACAAGAAGCAGAGGGUGUCGGAGGGUGGCACUAACACCCAGCAGGAUAGCAUCCACCCGAGCCGUCUCGCUUUGAUGCACCAGUAA